UAAAAUCCAACCCUCCUCUCCAAUUUCUCUUGAAGAAGAAGUUAUUUAGCUUCAACAUUCUUCUUCUUCUCCAUUAAUAUCUCAUAUUUUCUCUGUAAAUCUAUUUCAAUGGCACAAUUAACAUUUCCAUCCAUUCUAUUGUCUCUCGUAAUCGCUCAUUCAUUCAUUUCAGGUGUUGUUUCAACGUCCUUUACAUUAUCGAAUAAAUGUGACUACACAGUAUGGCCAGGCAUUCUCUCAAACGCGGACGCGCCGCCUCUCUCAACUACCGGUUUCGUCCUCCAAAAAGGCGAAACGAAGACCGUUACAGCACCUGCUUCAUGGGGCGGCCGUAUGUGGGGCCGCACACACUGCACACAAGACUCCACCGGAAAAUUCUCUUGCUUAACUGGCGAUUGCGGCUCCGGUAAGCUAGAAUGUUCAGGAACCGGCGCUAUUCCUCCUGCCACGCUGGCGGAAUUCAAGCUUGACGGUUAUGGCGGCAUGGAUUAUUUCGAUGUCAGUCUUGUGGACGGCUAUAACCUUCCUCUGCUUGUAGUGCCUCAAGGCGGCUCUGGUCAAAAUUGUACAAGUACUGGCUGCGUUGUGGAUUUGAACGGCGCGUGUCCUUCCGAGCUUAAGGUUACCAGUACAGGCGGUGAUGGUAUUGCUUGUAGAAGUGCGUGCGAAGCUUUUAGGCAACCAGAGUAUUGUUGCAAUGGCGCGUAUGCUACACCAGAUACAUGUAAACCGUCGUCGUAUUCUCUGAUCUUCAAAAACGCGUGCCCACGUGCUUACAGCUAUGCUUACGAUGACAAGACCAGUACCUUCACUUGUGCAUCCGUAUCAGAUUACACAAUCACCUUCUGCCCAACCCCAAACACAAGCCAAAAAGCAUCCCAAGGCCAAAACACAGAGAAUACAAAUACUGGCACAGGAAAUUCUGUCAUCAACAGCACUAUGGUGUAUGAAGGUGCAUUGGCUCAAAGUGAAGCGUCAUCAUCCAUUAACCACGUGUAUGGAUCACAUGUAAUUGCUGGCUUAGUCAGCAUUACAGCAGCUUUUUGGCAGUUGAGGCACUUCUAUUAAGAUUUUUUAAAAUUCUUUUUAAUCUAGAAAAAGAAAUAGUUAUACACACCGUAAUCAGUUGAGGGGAAGGGUAGGCUAAAGAAACAAGAAAACCAAAAUAUUUUUGGCCCAAUUAAAAGUCUCGAGUGGACCCUACUGGUUUAUCUCUUUUUUAUGCAUGGGCCAUACGAUUGGGCCCCUUUACGUGGUAGUGAGUCAUGAUUGAAAAGGCUCACCACCCUCGAAUUGAUGGCCACCCCACUCUACCCUCCGAUUUUAUGGUUAAAUAGGAUUUAAUUUUUUAUUUUAUUUUAGUAUAGUACUGUAAUAAAGUUAGAUUACUAUUUCUUUUAAUUACUAUCGAGUGAAAAUGAGGAUUCAUUUGUUGGUUUAGAAAUUAGUAGAAUUUUAUAACGUGUAGCCACCGAAUAUGGUACCAAUACAUGAAUUCUCUAUUGAAAUUCUAGCUUUUUGUCUA